CGCAAACGGAACAGUGAUACCCCUACGACCCUAAAAGCAUCGGAAAAAUUUAUUGGAAAUCUUAAGGAAGCGGAAAGUUUUGUUUUUCGAUUUUGUUUUUUGGUACGUUUCUGCGUUUGCAGACACUUUCUUUACCCUGCAAUUGAUACAACCCAUGCAAGUCCGGAUUAAUUAAAUAAAGAUGUUCGACACUACACUGGGCACUGUUUUGGGCCUGAUGGUGCAGCUGAUAUGCCUGGUGAUUGGCCAGAUCCUGGGACAGAUGGUCCAGCAUCCACUGAUCACCACGGGAAUUUGUUUGCUGGCGGGAUUGGCCUACCAGGCGGAUCAGGAGUCGCUAAAAGACGCCUAUCAGCGGAUGCUGCUAUGGACGAGGCUGCCCUUGAGACUUGGACGCACUUAUAGCUCCUGCUCGAAUUAUCCUGCUUCGGGAUAUGCCUAUGAUAUGGACCAUGGUCCGCACACCUGGUUGGCAAAAUCCGUCACAACUGGCGGAUCUCUGGAGGAAGAAACCCGCUUCCAGAGUCCAGUCAACAUCGAUGAGAGCCAAAUCCAACGCUUGGCCAUUAGGGAGUUGCUCAACUGGAACCACUAUGACGACCUUCCCGCCAGCAUCCAGCUGGAGAAUACGGGCCAAACGCUGGUGCUCCGGGCCCAGUUCCAUGGAAACGCACCCACGAUCAGUGGUGCCGAUCUGCUGGCCAGCUAUACGUUCCUGGAGGUGCGGUUCCACUGGGGCUGGUGCAACAGCGAGGGAUCGGAGCACACGAUUAACCACCGGAAGUUUCCGCUGGAGAUGCAGGUGAUGCACCGGGCGGGCUCGGGGGUUCCCAGGCCAUGCACCAGUAGCUAUGACCUCCUGAUGAUCGGGUAUGUCUUCGAGUUGUCUGCCCACAAUCCGUUCUUGGAUCCUCUGGUGCAGAACUUGCGAUUGGUUCAGCAACCGGGAAAGCGGGUCCAGAUCCCGCCCUUUCCUCUCUCCUAUCUGAUGUACGCGUUCCGCACCGGAUUCUACUCGUACGGCGGAUCGCUGACCCAUCCGCCCUGCUACCAGGGCACCGAGUGGUUCAUCUUCCCCGAGUCGCUGGCCAUCAGCGACUUCCAGUUGCGGCACUUCCGUUUGCUGCUCGGUCCGGACGGGAUUUCACCCAUCGCCCGUAACUGCCGGCCUGUCCAGCACAUGGGCAACCGGGUGGUGAACCUCAACUGCUUCUGUCCAUAUGAUGCCGCCCAGCUGGCCCGCCUCCAUGUGGAGCUCUGCCAGCAGCAGGCUCAGGAGGAGCAGGAGGAGCGCCUGGAGCAGCAGCAGCAGCUGGAAUUGCAGAGGGAAUUGGAGCGGCAGCGGGAACUCGAAAGGCAGCGCAAGCUGGAGCGAGAGGCGGCGGCAAUCGCUGCCUCCGAGGAAGAGGGCCAGCUGGUGGAGACCAUCGAUACCACGACCAUAAUUACGAGUAGCAGUAACACCAGCAUCUGCAUGACCACCCUGAUGCGCAAGGAUUCGCCCAGGGAGCAAGAGCAUCCGCCCCAGAUGCCGCUGAUUGUCCCUUCAUCCUCUCAAAAUUCCAGCCAGAGUUCGCUGCGCAGUCCUGGCAUUGUGAUUUUCAGCAGUGGCAACGAGUCCAAGUCCGUCGGAGGAAAGUGUGGCCUUCAGCUGGAUUCUGAUGAGGACCAUACCAUCCGUGAUAACAGGGGAGUGGGAAUGGUCGGCCAGAAUGGCUGCAAGGCCGACGCCAUUUGCGGCGUGGGCGAUGGCGUUAACAUUGGGGUACGCAUCGAGCUGGUUGAAUAGGAUUUUCCCUAUAAUUAACUAUCCUGGAUGCCCAUAGACACUCCACUUCUUGUCCAAGCUGCACGCCGAACUGGAGGGGAAACGUGGGACACCGGUCAAGGCCAACUGGGGGCCAGCUGCUGCUCCGUGUGCCGGGAACCAAUUGAAUCGCGUGCGCGUGGAUUAAACAAGUUGCGUUUGUAUUUUGUGAAGCAUAA